AUGAAGGUCUCUCUUUUGACUUUGGCCGUGUUUCUCUGCAAAACAGCUUGUGGAAUACAUCUCGACACCGCAUUUGAACGAGACUGGACGGAAGUCACCUUCGGCACUCUUGAGAAUGUCAUUGAGCUGUCCUCGGAUCAUACUUUUGGCGUGGACGACAACAAAUACCUUUACAAACUCGACAUCAAUGAUAGAGUCGAGUACUACAUCGACUUAGCACUUCAUGAUGGAAAAUCGUACGAAUUGGUUGGCCCGUAUAUUGCCACGUUCUCCGAUGACAACAAAGUUUCUUUCCACAGAGAAGCCAGCGGAGUUUUUGUGGAUUCUAUCUCUUUGAAGGCUCCACUACAACAGAUCGCAUAUGGACCAAAUGGCGUAUUUGUGUUGCUGCAAGAUAAUAGCGUCACAUUGUGGAAUGGAGAGGCUUCAUUUUAUCUAGGUAAAGUUGAAGGUUCUGAAAUCAGUAUCCAUCAAUAUGACCUGGACGUUUACAUUGUCUCCAACGACUCUCUCUAUAAAUUAGUUGGUGAUGAGUUAGUGGAGGAGGCGCAUACCUUCCCUAAAAAGAAUCUCAAGCCCGUUCUUUCAUCUGCUCAUAUUAAGAAAAAUCACAAGGUCGGUGCUGCUUCCGCUGGGAGAGCUGUUUUAGUACCCAAACCAGACUCAAUUGCCAAAAUCGAGAAGUCUCAACAUCUUCAGCAUGAAUUGACGUCCGCCAGUCUUUUAGUUCGCUACUUCUUAAAGUUGAAGGAUCAUGCUCUUGACCUCGGUCAGUUCAUUUCCAGCUUGAAAAGCUCUCAAUCCUCCGCGGGCGUCCUUGAAAAUGAUGAUGAGUAUCAUGUCGGAAGCUUGCUUGUCUACUUUAAUGACGAACACCAGCUGCUUACUGCCAGAGAUACAACUGAUGGUUCUCUUCUCUGGACGACCGAGCUUCCAACGAAGGGCCCAUUAUUGAACUUGAUAUCUCGUGGCUCUAACAUUAUUGUGGUGAGUGAGUUCGGCUAUGUACUCGUAAAUUCAAGAGAUGGAAAUGUGAUCUCAACCGAAAGAGUAUCUCAGCCCAUCCAAAAGGUAUUCGAAUUGUCUACAGCAGAUGGGUUUGAGACAUCCAUUGGCGUCAAAUUACCAGAGGGUUUCAAAAUUCUUUUCGACAACAGUCUGGUUUCAUCGCAAUAUUUGUUGGAAACGCAAGAUAAUGGAUUACAAGGGUACAAGCUUUUGGACCAGGAGCUCAUUCCAACUUGGAAAUUGAAUGUCAACGAAGCCUUGAUAGCCGUAUCUCGAAAUGGCAAGCAAGUCUCCAACGCUGUAGGAAUUCCAAGGUACGAUCGGUCUGUUCUCCAUAAAUUCUUGAAUCCAAAUCUCGUAGCUGCGCUCACCAGCAGCGAAGGUGCCCUUGGACUCACUUUGCUUGAUGGUGUUCUGGGAAGAGUGUACUUUGAGCAGAUCGUGUCCUCCGAUGAAGUUGCUUUUGAUACCGCAAAGAUAGUUCAACGUGACAACUGGGUUGUGGUCUCGUACGUUUCGCAAAAGGAUGCUCCAGAACAGCGUAUUGUGGUGUAUGAUUUGUUUACCGACUCUACUUUUGCUGACAAUGACGAAAUUUCUUCGUUCGAUCACCUCGCCGUCAAUGUGUCCUCUAAAUCAUUCAUUUAUCCUGAAAGAAUUGCAGCUCUCGCCGUCACAGACACAAAAUUUGGCAUCUCUACAAAAUCUGUCCUCAUUUUCACAGAGGAGGGCAAUUUAGUUGAGGUUCCAAAGCACAUUCUCAACAGCAGAAGAAUUGAUGACCACAAAUUGACGCAGAAUGACUUCAUGGAUGACUUCAAAAUGACUCCUUACCAGCCUGUGAUUCAAAAGGACGCCUCUAAGGUUCUCAACCAUAAGUUGAAGCUUCGAAGUGAUGGAUCAGAUCAGAUCUUGGUGCAGCCCACUGAGCUCGAGUCAACUGCUGUUGUCUGUGUUGUAAAUUCGAUCAACCAGUUCUGCUCCAUUGUUCUGCCUUCCCUGUCUUAUGACAUUCUCUCAGCCUCGUUUCCAAAGAUGAGCUUGAUCUUGACUUUAAUAGCUUUAUUGGCUGCCUAUUUAGUCAGUAAAUCAUUUGUCUCUACGAAAAAGUUGCAAGAUAAAUGGUUAGACUAA